AUGGUACGCAGCAUUUCAACAAUACAAGGAAGAUACAGAAGAAGCGAUACAAUAAAUGGACAACCUUCUGCCCCUUUAGGACCUGGAUGGAGAUCCGCUGCUUCAGAUUUGUUAGCAACUGGUGAAGCUGCUGUACAAAGGAGAAGAUCAAUUAGGCAAAUGAGAAGGAUAAAUAAUGAUAAUAACGAUUAUAAUGAUAAUCAUCAAGACAUUGAAAAGCUUCCUUUACACGUACUUGAUAACAAUCAAGGCGUUUUUAUCGAUGGUGAAGGUCCUUUGUUCCCAGACAUACGUAUACGCUUUGACGUUGAUCCUCCAAAUUCAAUAAUCAUGACUUUAAACGAUAAUAAGCCUCCUGACAGCUUCUUACUCACUAAACUUGAAUUAGUCGUUCCGUAUAAAUCUGAUGGCUUGAUUUUCGCAAGUUUAGAUCACAUUUCUUUGGACGAUUUAUCAGUCUAUCACAGCCAAUCUUUACCCCUAUUAGAACGAUAUAGUUCUCAACUCAAGCAACCUUUAGGUCCGGGUAUUGAUCAAAAAUUUUCAUCCACACCACCACCACAUUCUUCUUCAUUCGCUCCAAUAAACUAUCAUUCUUCACCACGUCAAUCUCAUACCAGACUUUUAGAAGACCCUUCCACCUCACCAAGACCUCAAAAGAGAGUAAAAAGGGAUCAAUUUAUUUCUCCACCUCAAUCUCCUUCUCCUCCAGAUUUACCAUUCCCCACUAACCUAACACCAUGUGCAUACUUUAAUAGCUACGCUCAACCCAUUGAAUCCGUUGCAUUCGCACCACCACAAAAACUGACUAUCGAUUUAGAGCCAGGAAGGGCGACAAGGUAUCUCGCGAUAAGAUUUCUCAACUCACAUGGAUCUAGAUUCGAUGCUAGCAGAGUUAAAGCAUUUGGCUACAGAGCUAGCAAAGUAUACAACACCAUCGAAUACCACUAA